GGUCCCUCUGAGGUGGGCGGUCUGUGCUCGGCCUCCCCGCUCCCUGGCAGUGUAGAUUCGGCUCCAGCCUCAGCAUCUCCGGCUCCAGGAUGCUGCUCGUCCGCCCGCUGCUCCCGGCCCUGUGGCUGCUCCUGGCCGGCCUCCUCCUCCUGGUCCCCGCGGCCGGAGGCUACAGCUUCCCGCAGCAGCACACGAUGCAGUACUGGGCCACGCGGCUGGAGCGAGAGUUUCACCAAGUGAUGAGGAACUUUGCGGGCGCUCAGCAGUUGCAGGGGCUCUACAGAGACAAGAGUAAUCUGUUCGAAGUGAAGCAGAACGUCCCCCGCAAGCUGGUGGAGAAAGUGGCGGGCGACAUCGAGACCCUCCUCGCCAAAAAAGUGAGAGCUCUGAAGAGAUUGGCGCGUGCGGCGGAGGAGUUCCAGAAGAAUCACCGCUGGCAGGAUAACAUCAGGGAGGAAGAUAUUGAAUAUUACGAUUCCAAGGCGGACACGGAAUAUGAUGAUCCGGAGGGCGAGGAGGAGUCCGUGGAGGCGUCAAACUCCCUGAAACUGGAGUUCAGCGAGGAUCCGAACUUCAGGACUAAAGUGAAUUACUCGUACACGGCGGUGCAGAUCCCGACCGACAUCUACAAGGGCUCCACGGUCAUCCUGAAUGAGCUGAACUGGACGGACGCCUUAGAGAACAUCUUCAUCCAGAAUCGGCAGGAGGACCCCACGUUGCUGUGGCAGGUGUUCGGCAGCGCCACCGGUGUCACCCGAUAUUACCCAGCCACCCCCUGGAGGGCACCCAGCAAGAUCGACCUGUACGAUGUCCGCAGGAGGCCCUGGUACAUCCAGGGGGCGUCCUCGCCGAAGGACAUGGUGAUCAUAGUGGACGUGAGCGGCAGCGUGAGCGGUCUCACCCUGAAGCUCAUGAAGACGUCCGUCAUGGAGAUGCUGGACACCCUGUCUGAUGAUGACUAUGUGACCGUGGCUUCGUUCCACGAGAAGGCAGAGCCCGUGUCCUGCUUCCGGCAGCUGGUCCAGGCCAAUGUGAGGAAUAAAAAGGUGAUCAAAGAGGCCGUGCAGGACAUGGUGGCGCGAGGGACCACCGACUACAAGGCUGGGUUUGAGUACGCCUUCAGCCAGCUCCAGAAUACAAAUGUCACUCGUGCGAACUGUAAUAAGAUGAUUAUGAUGUUCACGGACGGCGGAGAGGAUCGGGUGCAAGACGUCUUUGAGAAAUACAACUGGCCAAACAAGACUGUUCGCGUCUUCACGUUCUCGGUCGGGCAGCACAAUUAUGACGUCACGCCCCUGCAGUGGAUGGCUUGCGCUAAUAAGGGUUACUAUUUUGAGAUUCCGUCCAUCGGAGCGAUUCGCAUAAACACUCAGGAAUAUCUUGACGUUCUCGGGCGUCCAAUGGUUUUGGCUGGAAAUGAAGCAAAGCAGGUUCAAUGGACGAACGUCUACCAGGAUGCACUGGGUUUGGGUCUGGUGGUGACUGGGACGCUGCCCGUAUUCAACCUGACGUCUUCUGGAGCUGAUGAGUCUGGAAACCCCAGCAAGAAUCGGCAGAACCAGCUCAUCCUCGGUGUUAUGGGCAUUGACGUUGCUUUGGACGACAUCCAGAGACUGAUGCCGCGAUACAGUUUGGGGGCCAAUGGUUACAUGUUUGCCAUUGAUCUGAACGGCUACGUCCUGCUCCAUCCCAACCUGAAGCCACAAGUCAUUAGCUUCCAGGAGCCGGUCACCCUGGAUUUCCUGGACGCGGAGCUGGAGGAUGAGAAUAAGGAGGAGAUCCGGAGGAGAAUGAUUGAUGGGUUAGAAGGGCAUCAGUUCAUCCGGACCCUGGUGAAAUCACUGGAUGAGAGGUACAUCGAUGAAGUGGAUCGGACUUACACCUACGCCCCCAUACACAGCACUAAUUACAGCCUGGGCCUGGUGUUGCCUCUGUACAGCUCCUAUUACCUCCGGGCUAAUCUGAGUGAUCAGAUCCUCCAGGUGCAGUAUCCAAACAAGAAAACUAAGGAUUUUGAGUCUCUCAUGCCGAAUACCUUUGAAUCUGAAGGUCGCGUGUUCCUGGCUCCAAGGCAGUACUGCCAGGACUUGGAACAGUCGGAAAACAACACCGAGUUCUUGCUGAAUUUCAUUUCACUGAUGGAGAAAGUGACUCCAGACUCCAAGCAGUGUGACAGCUUCCUCCUGCACAACCUGAUCCUGGAUACGGGCAUCACGCGAGAUCUGGCGGACCGUGUCUGGAGGGACAAGGACCUUCUGACGUACGGGCUCCUCGCCGUCUUUGCUUCUACGGAUGGAGGCAUCACCAGAGUCUUCCCCAACAAGGCUGCGGAUGACUGGAUGGAGGACAUGGAGCCUCAUAAUGCCACGUUUUAUAGAAGAAGCCUCGACAACAAGGGCUAUAUAUUCCGAGCACCUUAUAGAGAACCUGGUUACCGACCAUCAGAUCUGGAGAAUAACACGGUGGGGAUUCUGGUGAGCACGGCGGUGGACCUGGAGAUUGACGGCAGGAAGCUGAAACCUGCAGUUGUCGGGGUAAAGUUGGAUCUUGAGGCUUGGGUGGAAAAGUUUAAAAUUCUGGCCAGUAACCAUUCGGAGGCAAAUCCUCAUGGACCACGCAAGCAAUGCAGUCCUUCCAGCAGCUGCGAGAUGGACUGUGACAUCAACAGUGAGGAUUUACUCUGCGUUCUCAUCGAUGACGGCGGAUUCCUUGUCAUGUCCAACCAGCAAGACCACUGGUCCCAGGUCGGGAAGUUCUUCAGCGAGGUGGACCCCAACCUGAUGUCUGCUCUGUAUAACAGCUCCUUCUUCACCAGGAAGGAGUCCUACGAUUACCAGUCACUGUGCGCCCCCAAAACCGAGAGCAACAAGGGGGCCGCCCCCAGAGGCAUCUUUGUGCCGACAAUCGCGGACAUGCUGAAUCUGGCCUGGUUGUCGUCUGCUGCUGCCUGGUCGCUCUUGCAGCAUCUGUUCGUCAGCCUCAUGUACACCAGCUGGAUGCACGCGGAGGACAUCAUGGCCGAGAACCUGGAGCCCCGAGAAGCCAGCUGCAUCAUGAAGCAGACGCAGUACUACUUCAGCAACCUCAACGCCACCUACUCCGCGGUCAUUGAUUGCGGACCCUGCUCGCGAUAUUUCCACGCCCAGAGACUCUCAAACACAAACCUCCUGUUCGUGGUGGCCGAGACGAUGAUCUGCAGCCAGUGCGACUCCAUAAAGCUGGACCAGGCCGAGACGCGCUCUGAGGGUCCGGAGCAGUGUGAACUGGUGCAAAUGCCCCGAUAUCGUAAAGGUCCCCACGUCUGCUUUGACUACAACCCUAUGGAGGACACCUCGGACUGCGGACGGGGCUCCAUGUUCCGACCGUCUUGGCUCCUGUUGGCGUCUCUUCAGCUGCUGCUCCUGCUCGGCGGCUGCUCGUCCUCGUCCUCCGUGGGUCGGGGCCUCUAGAGGGGCCCCGCUUCCUCCCUCCUUCCUGAGGCCACUUCUUCUGUAGUGAUGUGGUUACCAUGACAAACAGGCAAACGCCGCUCUUCCGCGUUGCACUGAAUUACCACGACAACCACCACUUGAUUUGGAUGAUUUUAUGGCGACAACAAGGAGACCUUUAAGUGUCAUCAGGAGUUACCAUGGCAACCAGGAACCUAGACAUCAUGGCAGCACUUACCUGCGAGCGGGAGGAGCCAUGGCAGCUCCCAGAACUUCCUGUUUCCUGUUCGUCCGUCUGUCUCCAUGGUUCCUGUCCGUUCACCAGAUUCUCUGUCUUAUAAGUUGCGGGGGUCACAGGGUCAGCGCUCUUUGACCUCCUUGUCCAUGUCUAUAGCUACUGUAAGGAGCAAGAGCUCUUAGUGAUGAUGUCAUAUCUACCCAGGGUGAUGUCAUAGCUACCCUUAGUGAAAAUAUUAUAGCUACCCAUAGUGAUGAUGUCAUAUAUACUCAGGGUGAUGAUGUCAGAGCUGUUCUUGGUGAUGAUGUCAUAUACCCAUGAUGAUGUCAUAUCUACCCAUGGUGGUGAUGUCACAGCUCAUUGUGAUGUCAUAUCCACUAAUGAUGCUGUCACAGUUAUAAAUGGUGAUGUCAUAUCCCUCUCUGGUGACCUCACGGCGAUGUCACAGCGAUCCUUGGUCAUCUUUUCAUGGCUUUCCAUAUCAUCGUCACAUACAAAGGAGUCAGAGUUCUUCUCAUACGGGGGGGGGGGGGGGGUCGGGGUUCAGGACAAAUGACUUAUAAGCAAAGAAAAUGGACAGUGACUGUUGUCAGACUCCAGGCAGCGCCUGCCCCUUUAAGUAUGGCAGAUCAUAUUGGACAGUAUCUGCCGCUCCUUCCUGCAGGAGUGCAGCUCCGGGGGUCUUGUGCUUCUGCAGUUCUGCCCCUUAAGUGCCAAAGCUGCGUUUUUCUCCUUUCACCCUCUGGUCCUGGGGCUGUCAAGCUCGGCCCCCGCGGUCAGGCGAAUUUCCCCCGAUGUAUGAUUUUGCACCAAAGAAUCCGGUCUGUGACGCCGCUGCUGCUUCCCCUACACGUGAGCGUGAAGGCAACGCCCUAAUUCACCCUCACAGGUUACUAUCUCUUUAAGAGAGCCCCGCCUCCAGCCGAUCCGUGUGUUCCUCAUGUAAUCCGUUUUUUUCACUCUGUGAGUGUGUAGACCUGAAAUACUCAGUGCCAGCUGUGAUAAUCCCAAGACAGAGCACAAGCAUCUCACAAGCACAGGGGACCUGCGACCCCCAAAAACCGCACAGAAACCGUCGCAGUGUGUCAGCGAGGCACGGCCAAUCAUAGCACAACCUGGGGGAGGGGUCUCAACUGUGCUCCGCCCUUCAGACCAGAUGAUGACCGAGAGCAGGGACCGAGAAUGAGGCGCCAAACCUCCAAUUACUACGCCUUCCCCCCGAAAUUGGAGCAUCAGCCGCAACCUGGGAAAGCUGGGUACAGUCAGCUGUCGUCCCUAGCACCCAGCUUUCCCAGGUUCCUGUAUGGCGCGUCACCUUGUUCUGCCCCAUAUUAAUGGGGGAUCAGGCAGAUUGUCCCUUCAGGCUUCCAGGAAAGCUGAGUGUCGCCAUCUGUGGGCUUUGUAUGGGAGAUCACCCAGCUUUCCCUGGAACAGAUGAUGAAUACAGGCCCUCUAUACACUGGGGGGACUUUGCUCCUUUUGUAGCCAUUUGUUGCCUUUCUGGCGUCCAUCCUCAUCCUCGUCUCAUUCAUGCCGCCAUCUUGCUUGUCGUCCGCCUCCAGUGAUUAGACCUCCCUGCGGCUCUGGACACAGCCAAAUGAUGGGGGGGGGGGGGGAGCCCCCGCUCUGCCAAGGGGUCGGGAGUCAUGAAGUGAACCCCUAAUGGUCAUGUGUUUGCUUGUAGCUUUGCUGUGUGUGGCUGUUGUUUUGGGGGUGUCUGAUGUGUGUGCGCCAGGCGUCCGUCCGCUCGCAUCCUCCACUAUAAAUAGGUAUAAAUA